AUGGAAGAAGUUCGUGAAGAGUCCUCUAGUUCGCCAUCUGGAUCAGGUCAUACAGUUCCUGUGGUUCUAAUUACUAAAGCUAUUAAAAAGACAUACAUUUUUACCCAACUAGCUGCUGAAGUAGAUCUGUUGGAAAAAGUUCAACGUAAAUUAUUACCUGCUAGAUUUGUACAUGGUGAUAAGCAAAAUAUACAUAGUCUCUCAUUGUUUUGCUAUUUGGUUAGUUUGCAAGCUCUUCACCUUUUAAAUGUCGUUACUAGCCCAUAUAGUUACAUUCGUACCCUUUCACUUGGUUUUCGUCUUCUUGAUGCUCAAUAA